GGGAAAACAGGGAAGCUUGGAGAAAGUGUCAUCUGAAACUCGCCGCAAAGAUAGUUGUUGUCUGUAUAAUAAGACUUUACAGACUGCUUUUUCUCGCCUCGAAAUCUUCCGAACACGCGGUGGAAGUGUUCAGCUAACCCUGGAAGUCAUGUUGGGGCUUUAAAGUUGACGGUGUUUGAGCUUUCGCGGUGCAAGUUGGCGACGAAGCCAAAACAAGAGGAAGAAUAAAUAAUGUGCCUGUCGCCGCCGCUGCUUCUGUUCUGACACAGCUCCAGUUUCCCACAGACACUCAGGAGAAGCAAUUUGAAGGAGGAAGACAAAGUGAGAAAAUAAGGUAGUAAAAGAAGAAGGAGAAAUGGCCGAGGCACGCUCAGAAGAAGAGGAGGAAAGCGUGAUGAGGGACACUCGGGAGCAAGUGGUCCGACGACAGCCCAACACCUCCAGAGGUCGUCCUGACAGACACAAGCCAGAGCAUCGUCACAGCCAGGGUCCUUUGUCAUCUAUCAGAGCCGUCAUCAAGAGAACCUCUUCCAGGUCGACCACUCUGUCUGAGGCUCCCAGAGACAGAGAGCGGGACCGGGAGAGAGACCGAGAGCGGGAAAGAGACAGAGACAGGAGGUACGAGUCUGCCGUGCCAUCAUCAUCACUGCCGCCUCCUACCUACGAGGAGGUGAUCAGGGAGAAGACACAAGAGCAGGUUCUCUCCACUCCUUCCUCCUCCUCUGCCUCAGCGUCCCCCUCACAUCCUGUUUCCAGAGUAACCAUCUCCACACAGACUGAUCCAGGAUCUGACCCUGAUCCUCCAGAACCACAAGUAAGAAGAGCAGUGAAACCGCCUCGGCCGCCUUGCCGCCAGCCUCCUAAAUCAUUUCACGUUGAUGACAUCACCAGCACUGCCAGCCAAUCAGCGCUUGCCCCCGUUGGCAGUGACACGCACAUUUCCACGCACACACAGUCCUGUGACCUCACUGAUCUGGGUUCACCUUCAACCUCGAACUCUGGUGUUCAGACUGACCAGUGGGAUCAGCGCUCUGCUACUGCGGAUGUGCCUCCUCCUCGUACUUCUCCCACCACUUCCUUUGAAGUCCCAUUGGAGCAACCCAGACCACGUCCUCGUUCUAAGCCUGGCCUUCGACCAAUCAGCAGCGAGGUUAAAGUUCAGACUUUGGUGAAGCUGCGGGAGGACGGUUUGGCCACGUUAGCCAGUCGUGCAGCGAGUGACGCUGCUAACCAACAAGUCACUCAAGGGAAAUAUUCUCAGGAGUUACUCGAGGCCUUCAGUUCAGACGAGUGGGGCUUCCCCGAUAACCGCGGCGACACCAGUGGGCUGAGCCAGUCAGAGAGUGAGGAAGGGGAGGACGAGAACGACGGGGAGGACAUGGCAACACUGAAAGCUAGGAUAGAAGCCUUUGAGCAGCAGCAACAGCAGCAGGUGAGCAGUGAGAGCUGUGACGGUAAUGACAAACAAAGCGGAACCACAAAGAGGCCCGAGCCUCGACCACGCCCUCGUUUCCAGGGGCAACAAGCCAAAUCUAGUCCUCCCACGAUUGCCCCCAAACCCAAAAACUUUUCACCUGGCCUUAAACCGUCCACCAAGGGAUUCUGGGAAGAUGGAGGUUUCACAGCAGCCACAGAGGACUCGACUGAAGCCCCCUCUUCUAAAACUCAAACAACGGCAGAACCAUCACUGAAAUCUGCUCCAGGCCUGGAGCCACAGCCCAUUAAACCCACAGAGAAACCCACAAUAACACCCAAACCCCAGUCCAGCACAGAAACCCUCUCCUCUGCUCCUGUCCCAGCCCCGCGGCCCCCUCCACCCAAGCUAACCCCCUGUCUCAGUGACCCUAAACCCCCACCCAGACCUCCAGUCACCCCCAGGGUCAGCGUGGGUGUUUCACACCCAGAUAAGAGCACCACCGAUGGAAGCACUACCCCAACUCUAACCCCGAGGCCCUUGGUGGAAGUUGGCGGUGGAUCACAGGCAGAGACCCAGACUGGAAGUGAAGCGACGCAGAGCGCCACAAACCAAAGUGUGAAAGUUGGAAGUUCUCGUCCAGGCGUCCCAAACAAGCCAGCAGCACUGAUGGCACCGCGCAGAGCAAGUGCCCCAAAUCUGGCUCCCAAACCCUCUGGAGUCUCAUCAACUCCUCUGGAUCCAAACCCAGUCCUGGCCAAACCUGCAGCAGCCCCUAAAACUUCUGGACCAGCCCCAGCCAAACCCCCGAGCCCGGCUCCAGCUCCAGCCUUGAGGAAGGGGCCUGUGGUCCAGACCAAACCUGAGACUGCCAACACUACAAAACCAAACUCAUCAGACCCUCCUCUGCCACCACGACCUCUGCCUCCACGCCCUAAACCUGGACACCCUCUGUACAACAGCUACGUGAAGCAGGAAGUGCUGAUAGUCCUGGAUGACCCGAGUCCCUCGCCUUUGGAGCAUCCUCCAGGCGAGAGGCAGAAUCAGAAUACCACCACCACCCCCCUAAUCAACACAUCACAGUGUCUGCUCGACCUGGACCCCAAGCCAGAGUCCGUCCCUGAUCAGGACAACCAAUCGAAACCUGCCCUGGAGGACCACAGCCUGUCAGGCUCAGAGUCGAUUCUUCCGGUGCAGCCUGCUGAGCUGAAGGAGCAACCAGACUCUCCUCCUGUCAGCGGCCCUCGGUGCGUCGCUCUGUUGGACCACGAGGGAGAGGAAGAAGACGAGCUCACCUUUUCCCAGGGUGAUGUCAUUGCUCUCCUGGAACUCAUCGGGCAGGAAUGGGGGCGGGGCCAAAUCCACGGCCGAAUUGGUAAAUUCCCCUUGAACUUCACAGAGGUGGUGGAGCCCCUCCCAACGUCAGUGACUGAACUGGGGGAAACUGACAAACCGGCACUGACGGACACGGCAAUUACAGAAAACUCCGGUGAGCUGAAGACUGAGGAGUGGGCCGUAGCUCUGUUUGACUUCCCCGGUCAGACCCCAGAGGAUCUGUCCUUCCACAAGGGGGCGCUGAUCCAAGUGACGGAGCACAUCGACACAGAGUGGAGGAGAGGAAGAGUGGAGGGGAGAGAGGGGCUUUACCCCGUGGCCUUUACACAGCCCUGCAAAGCUCAGCCAAUCACAGGCCAGCAGCCUGUGGCUAAAGGAAUGGCCAAAGCUCUGUUUGACUUCACAGCAGAAAGCGAGGAUGAGCUCACACUGAAGGUCGGUGACAUUAUCACACAGGUGGAGGCUGUGGAUGAGCAGUGGAUUAUGGGCGUUGUGGGCGGGAAGCAUGGGAUUGUGCCUAAAAACUACAUUUCACUUUUGUGACAAGGGAAAUCCUGAAACGGCUGAUGUGGGAAAACAAAGAAUGAAACUGCUGUUUGCUGCCACUCUGUUAAACAGGUUGGAGGUUUGGAACUGGAAACCUUCAACCUGUCGAUGCUACAGGGAGUGCUGGUGCUCCCACGGACACGCACAUGAAUCCGAUCCAGUGUUUAUGAGAAAAACUGAACAUUUUAAAAGAAUAAAAUUAACUCCGAUUAUGCUGGUGGUUUGAUGAUGUCUUUGAGGUGUCUGUGGUCAUGAUAACUGAGUACUGGAUGAUUAAGAGGUUGGUUUUCCUCUCACAGUCAUCCUGCUGUGAUUAUUUUCAUCUGCUGUGGACUGGAUC